UAAUUUAUCCAUGGAAAUGGUUUUACGUAGAACAAACUUAUAGCCAUGGCUAAAUAUGCUUAUAGCAAACUAGCGGAGUAGGUAUUAAAAAUAAAAAAUAUCUUAUCGCAAGACUAUGUAUUUUAAUAAAGAACAAAUAAUAAUAGUAGAACAUCAAUAAAACUUAUUAAAUUUCAGGAAUAAUUCUCAAAUAGGUAAUCAGAUCCAUUCAUAUUAUUAUUUAAUCCUAGUAAGUAGUAACUAAUAUUAAUUACAGUUUUCGGGCAAGCAAUAAAUGGUAAAUAAAAAACUUGAACUGUUUGUUACAAGAGCAUGUACUGAAAAUGCAUCGGAAUACAUAUUAUUUAAAAAAAAUUUAACGGGCAACGAAGUGCACAGGAUCCAGGAUCAGCUAGUGACUACAAAAAAAAAACCCAGCUAUGAAUGUCGUGUGGAGACUGGCGGGUAGUGACUAGUGAUUAAGUAGGUAAUAGACAAUAGUCGAUGGUUAAGACUGCAGCAAGAGUCAAACCAUUUUUAUCAUUUCUGUUGUCAAACUAAAUGAGAAAUUUUAUUGAGAACAUGAAGAUUGCCAAUAUUGAAUAUAAGACAUUAGUUUGAACUUGAUAUCCAGCAUUUAUAUCCAGACAAAGAACUCAAAUUAUAUGCUUCAAUAAAAUUAAUACUUUUAUUGAUAAAUUAAAAAACUAAUUCUCAAUUAGGAGUGCUGUUGAAAGAUCCAUUUAAAAUAAGACGGUGUGUAAUAAAUUAUAAUGGAGUCACUUAUACGAAUUGUAAAUAAACUUCAAGAUGUUUUUUCUGUGUUUGGUGAACAGCAACUUACUGAUUUACCACAACUUGUCAAUUUACCACAGAUUGUAGUUGUGGGAACACAGAGUUCUGGCAAAAGUUCUGUGCUAGAAAGCAUCGUGGGAAGAUCAUUUUUACCUCGAGGAACAGGCGUGGUUACUAGGGCUCCAUUAGUUAUACAAAUGAUUAGGUACACAGAAGAAACAAAAAAAUCUAUGCUGAUGUCAAAUAACAUUGAGAACGAUGAAAACAUAACAGAAUGGGUAGAAUUUCUACAUAGACCAAAUGCCUAUUAUUUUGAUUUUGAUUUGGUACGCAAUGAAAUUGAGUGUAGGACAAACAUUCUAGCGGGAACCAAUAAGGGCAUAACAAAUAAUCAAAUUUUAUUGAAAAUUCACACUAAUCGUUACGAUCUGACUUUUGUAGAUUUACCAGGUAUAACAAAAGUAGCUGUAGGAGAUCAACCUGCAGACAUAGAUGAACAAAUACAGAAAUUGAUUAUUUCUUAUGUAAAACAAUCUAAUUCUAUUAUCUUAGCAGUGGUGACUGCAAAUACAGACCCGUCAACAAGUGAAAGUCUUCAAAUAGCAAAGAAAUUGGAUCCAGAUGGCAUCAGAACUAUAGCUGUAGUUACAAAACUGGACCUGAUUGAUGAAGGAACACUGCAAGACACGAAGGAUUUACUGUGUGGUCGCAGGAUUCCGGUGAAAUUAGGUAUCAUCGGUGUGGUGAACAGAAGUCAAAAAGACAUCGUUGAAAAUAAAUCAAUGGAUGCAACACUAAAGUCAGAAACAGAAUUUCUUAAGACCUAUUAUCCAGAUAUAUAUACCAAACAUGGCAACAAAGCGUUAGCUCAUACGUUGCAGAUGGUAUUGAUAACCCACAUUAAAAAAGUAUAUCCUAAACUUAAAAUUGAACUCGAAGAAAUGAAACAAAAAUUGGGAAAAAAACUUUUAGCACUUCAUACACCAGAUAACAAAAUAUCUUUUUUAAUAGGACUUUUAAAAGAUAUCAGCAAAUCGUAUGAAGAUACUAUAAAUGGAAAUCAAAAUGAUGUUUCAGUCGAAAAAAUUGUUGGUGGCGCCAGUAUUGCUCGAAUAUUCCAACAAAAAUAUUUAAAGACAAUAAAUGCUAUUGACCCAUUACAGGAUUUAUCAAAUGAAAAAAUUGCAAAAAUAUUAUUAAAUACAUCAGGCACUAACCAAAGUACUUUUGUGAAUGAAAAAGCAUUACAAAGAAUUUUAAGUCGGCAGUUAAAUAACUUAAUUGAGCCGUCAUUGGAUUGCGUAGAAUUGGUACGCAGUGAGAUGUUAAACAUAUUAAAUUCAAUCGAUAUUAGAUGUUUAGAUAUACUUAAACGAUACCCACAACUCAAUGAAGAUGUGCAAAAGGUUUUUGAGAAGUUGUUGGAACAAAAUGUGAAUAAUAUCAAAGAGUUUAUUGCAUCAUACAUAGAAUCUUAUCAGGAAUGUUUAAAUACAGCAAAUCCAGAUUUUAUAAUGGAAAUAGUAAAAUCGAAUAAUACAAUUCAAGAAGAAAUUCUUGCUGCUGCAAAUAUAAAUAAAAAUUCUGAUGAUAUAUUUUCAACUCAGGCUCUUUUCACAUUUGGAAAGUCAACUGACCCGCCAAUUCCUGAUAAAAUGGCCCAACUCAAAAAAAUAGAAAUUAAUAGAAUACAAAUGUUGAAUCAAUUAUUAUCAGGUCUUAAUAAUCAAGAAGUAUCCUUAGAAUCAUCUGAACAGGUAAAGUUACAUAGAGAUUUAAGUAUAUGUUAUUUUGAGUACAUCAGAAAAAUUGUGCGGGACUUUGUGCCUAAAAGAAUUAAACACAAAAUGAUAAAUUCAUUUUUAAAAGACCUCGAUAAGCGUUUAAAUCAAGAAAUAUUUCAAACUUAUUUAAUUGAAAAGAAAAUUGAUGAAGUACUUUUAGAAGAUGAAAGUUAUAAAAAAGAUAGAAUUGAUGUUGAAGCCAAGUUAGACGCAGUUAGAAAAGCUUUAAAAAGUAUGGUUGAUAUUCAAUAUUUUUAAUUUAUUUUUAAAAAUGUAAAUUCUAUCUUCAAUAUAUUACAAAAUGUAUACUUUUUAAUGCACAUCUUAAAAAUUUGUUUCUAAUUUCUAUUUUUUUUUUUUUUUUUUGUAUAACAUAAUUAUUAAAAUGAUUUAUUUUGUUAUGCUUUAAUAAUUGUUUAAGUUUAAGGUAAUUCAUUUUAUAUAAAUUAUAUACCUUUAUAAGAUUUUCCGUUUAUGUGUAUUAUGCUGUCGCCUUACAACUUUUGUAUACAAAAAACAUGAUUCAGAAUGUUUCAUUAAAUUCAGUCCUCAUUCUAAUUAUUUAACAAGGAAGUAUCAAUACUGUAAUACAAUUUAUGUUGCGUAUUUGAGUAUUUAUAUAAAUUAUUUAAUUAUAUGGCUUUAGCUUACUAAUUAGUAGUUAUUAUUUAUUAUCUAUGAUAACUGAUUAGUAUCAACACAAAACAUUUUUAAAUUACGUACUUAUAGUUAAAUCACAAUAUAAUUUAACAUUUUACUAUACCUAUAAAGAACAAUUUAUAAAUUGAAA